AGUAGAUAAUUGAUAAGUAUCAGGCAUUUAGAAUACGUUUGAUUGUAGUAAAUGAUGGUUUAAACUUUAGAGAUAGUCAUAUUUGUUCCAUUUAAUUUAUGAGAAAGAGAUUCAUGAGUUUGUCAUCUUCUAAAUGAGAGAGAAAAGUUCAUUUACUAAUUGGCUUUUGUUCUAAAUUUAAAGCGCCUAAAUUCUUUUACAGUAAGCCCAGCUUUUUAUCCUCACAAAAUAAUUUUCAUACUAUUUUAGUUAAUAAUUAUGAAUUUAGAAGUAGCCUGAAAUAGCUGAGAUGCCCUUGAUUGUGAUAAAGUAACCGCCUUUAACUUUUGAGGCUGAUUCAAAAGAUUUAGCCUCAGUUUUAUUAUUCUUAUGCUUCCUUAUCUUAGCUCAUACUCUUAAUAGUUCGCCUAUCUCAAACCGUAAUAGACCCUCCAUUUUGAUAUUUACUCCUAUUAACUAGUAAAGAACAUGUAUCUCUUGUGUCCAAAGGACUGAAAUCAACACUCUUGAUUCUAUAACUACUCUUAAUAUUUCUCUCUCUACAACAAAGCUAGUUCUCCUUGUGAUGUUCAGAACAAAUUACAGACUUUCUCCUUUGAGCUGCUCUGUUUUAGCUCAUAUUCCUUCAGACUCUAUUACUUAACAGUACUUUUAAAGGCAUGGAAUUUUUAUGGAGAAGGGCUUCAGUUUAAUCAUCUUCUUGGAAAAAUUGAUAGUUCAUGCUUAUUUUAAUUAUAUUAUUACUUUCA